UAAAGAUUAUAAAGAUUAGAUCUUAUUAUAUAUCUUACAUUCAUAAUUUCAUAUACAUCAAAUCAUAUAAUUUGCACCUCUUCUCUAUAACUAGCUACCUAGCUUCACAUUAUUUUUACUUUUCACUAAUAUAUUAAUUUUCCUUAAGAAGUAAUAACCUUUGUUAGUGUUGUGAUCAUGGGAGAGCCUUCUUCUUCUUCAUCAUCAGCUUCAUACAUUCAUAUGGUGCAACACUUGAUUGAGAAGUGUUUGAUCUUUCACAUGACAAAGGAAGAAUGCAUGGAAGCUCUCUCAAAGCAUGCAAAUAUUAAGCCAGUCAUAACUUCCACAGUUUGGAAUGAGCUGGAGAAAGAGAACAAAGAAUUUUUUGAGGCGUAUGCAAAAUCAAAGAGUAAAGACGAGCGAAUGUCCGAAGAAGAGACAAAUCAGAUGCUAAAGAAAAUCAUCUCAGAUUCCUCCAAAGGUUCAACCAACGACUAAAAAUUAAUUUACCUCUUGAAAACGAUCUAUCUCUUAUCUCUAUGUUUUAUGAUAUUUCAUCAAUUUCUUAACAAAAAGCCAAAAUUACUAAGGCUUUUCAUUGAUAUAGCUAGCUACUUUUUCAAGUGUAACGUGUCUCUAGUAUGUGGUCCCUCCCUAAUGACUAUGUAUUACAUGCAUGAUAUAUAUAUAUGGUUCUCAAUUAUUAUUGUUGUAAUGUAAUUGUAAUAUAUUUUCUUUGUACUAUAAUAAUUAAUUAUUAAUUGUUAGAUUUGUAAAAUAAAUUGUCCUAAAUUAAU